AUGCAAGUACCUGGAGAGGCACCUGGAAGGGACAAAAGGGGGGGUUGUCGGCCCAAUGCCAAUGACGCUAGUGGCUGGCCAAAUGGAUGGGCAAAAGGGCAAUUCUUUGAUCUGUUGGGGUUCUCAGUAGUUGGGGAAGUGGAGUGCCAGGUUUUUUCCGUCUCUCGUCUUUCCUCUCUCAUCUCUUGUCUGGUCUUUCGUCUCCCAUCUCUUGAUAUUUUGCGCGCAUUGCCGUGGCCAGGCAGGCUGUCGCAGCUCCUCCUCUGUCGCGAUUACGACAACGCGUCGCACUGGGGCACCAAAGCGAGGUCACUGUCAGCAACCCGCACGGCCGGUUCAGCUCCCAGCCUAGCUAGUAGCCUCGACAUGUCGACUCCAGACUUGCCCAACCCACGAAACACUCCCAGCUGCCCGCACUGCCGGACAAGCCGGAAGAAAGAAAAUAGGUUGGCAAAACGACGAGAUCCAUUGGUCCCUGGCCCGGGUGGCAGCGCAUUCUGUCGGCGGAUCCAAAAAAGAGGCCGUCGUUCUAGCGCCGAUAAGAAACGCCGCCUUUCGACCAGGAUCAUCGUCACUGGUAUUUUUUGUUCCGCGACGCGGUCCCGAAUGAUGAUGGAAUCCAACCAGAAAGACGAGAGAGCCGAACAAGAGAGAAAGGAGACAGAAGGAGACAGAAUUGGUCGGCCCUCGACAUUCAAACUGCAAAAACGUACCGCUGUUGUCGUCGUACUGUCGUUGUCCCGGACCCAGAGCCAAUGGAGGCUGAUGGUAGCUUUCAUGGCGGCUGGCGGCUGGCGACACCCGCUUCCUCCAUUCCAUCAAACCACCAGCUCCGAGUACCAUCUCGGCCCAGUACACCGGCUUCUUUAUCGCCGACGACGAGAGAAAAAGAAUACAACUAUUAUUAGUUCACGAAUUCAUUCCGCCGCUUUUAUCCAAUCACCCUUGUUCCAACGAACCAUGACCAUUCAUCUCUCCUUGCUUGGUUCCUUGGUUCCGCCCAAAUCUUUCUUGGCUCUUCUUUUUUCCCAAUUGUUGAGUUCCCGUACCACCGGCGCCCCACUCUCCCGCCGGUCCGAUUCUGCCUCCCCCAACAUGCAAGUUCGCUGGUUAUCUCUACUGGUACCUAGCCAGUUCGCUGCUUUGCCUUGCCCCCUGUUCACGCAACCAAGCCCGGCCAUGCCAUCUCUCCGUCUUACACGGCUUGUCCCGAGCUCACGCUUAGAUUUUGAUUUCUUGCAACCAGAGUUCGGAGUAAUACAAAAACCCCCCCAUUGCGCCGUACGAGUUCUCUCACUCUCCUUAGCUGGCCACCCCGGCUGUGAUCCGGCCCCCGUUGCCAUCUUGGGCAACCACACCGGCCGGCGCCGUUGCCUCGUCCGGCCGUCCUACCCUGCGCUACCACCCGCUGACAGCCUCAUCUUCACUUUCCUGUUGAGGGCCCAUUUCCAUCCUGUCUCAUCUACCAGAGGAGCUCAUCAGUCAUCCAAAGAUGCAGUUAUUCCCAGCGUAUUUAUCCAAUCACUAUCUCGUCACUCAUUUUUCCUCGGGCGACUACCAGCAGUCAUCUUGCCUUGCUCGUUGCACUCACUGCGUAGCCCACAACCCGCCUUCACAAGAUAUCACCCCUCGUAA